GCCGCACCCGUCCAUUGAGAUUCUUGUUUUUGGUUUAUUUUGGUUACUCGCUAUUCACAUGGUCGUCUGUUUCCAUUCUCCACGUGUGUCUGAACUUUCCUGGAGGUGUCGUGUCGUUUUGGCCCUGCGCAUGCGCAACAGCCAGCUCCCUUCCGUAUGCAGUCAUAUGGUUUGCCAUGUAAAGAUAUCUUUGCUGCUCACACACUAUUUGUCGAAUUCUGGAUCGUCCUUUACGCAAAUGGGAUCCCCCGAACUACGGACAGAAUUAGAACAUUUCCUUAAAAACCUGAAUAUUGAAUAUGUCACCGUCGAACACCCAGAGGUCUUCACCGUGGAGGAGAUGAUGCCCCAUGUGGAACAUCUCAGCGGAGCCAUCACUAAAAAUCUGUUCCUCAGAGACAAGAAGAAAAAGUGUCUGUGGCUCGUGUCCGCCCGCCACGACCGGCAGGUCAACCUCAACGACCUGGCCAAGAAGCUGGGCGUCGGCAGCGGCAACCUCCGCUUCGCCGACGAGGCGACCAUGCUGGAGAAGCUGAAGGUAGGCCAGGGUUGUGCCACAGCGUUGGCCCUCUUCUGUGACAGAGACCAGAGUGUGAAGCUCGUCCUGGAUGCCAACCUGGCCAACGGUGGCCACCAGAGAGUCUACUUCCACCCCAUGACCAACGCCGCCACCACGGGACUCAAACCGGACGACCUGCUGCGGUUUUUAACAGAGACGGGUCACGAGCCGAUUCUCCAAAGCUUCGAUUAGGUCACGGCUGCAUGGCUGUCUCAGAACAGGUCAACGCAACAAACAGCUGCAAGGAGCAUGUUCGGGUUGUUGGGGGGGGGAUUUUAGCUGUGUGUGCUUUGGACUUUUAUCACUGGCAUUCAGCCCAGGUCCUCUUGAGUAAAUGUUCUCAUUUUACCACUUCCUAUUUAGCAGGGUGCCAUAAGACACAGACAUAAAUAAGAACAAGUGAACAAAAGUUGAAAAACAAAACCAUUUAACCUAUUUACCUGACACUCACUUUUAAUCAUCCAAAAUAAAGUCAAAAUAACAAAUUAUCACUUUUAUAAGGACCAGGAUGUGUUCUACUAUUGUACUGUAAAACUUUUGAAUUGUAAGAUUCGCCAAUUCUGUCUACUGAACAACUGGACCAUCCUCAGUUAACCUUUUUGUAUGUUGUGAAUAAAAUGCUGCCAAAAACCAUUGAACAAAACCUCUUCUGUAAUAAAGAUUCUUCACUCUGGGAA